AUGGCAAAUAAUAAAAUCAAACUUGUUGGUGCUAUUGACCAAGGAACAUCAUCGUCUAGAUUUCUCAUUUUUAAUGCAGAAAAUCUUGACUUGAUUACAUACUAUCAAGAAACAAUACAAAUAAUCACACCACAUCCUGGCUGGGUUGAACAAGAUGCCUAUGAAAUUCUCAAUAAAACAAUUUUGUGUAUAGAAAAAGCAAUUGAACAAUUACAGCAAUUAGGAUAUAAAAAAUCGGAUAUAAAAGUAAUUGGUGUAACAAAUCAACGUGAAACAACAAUUUUAUGGGAUAAAUAUACUGGCAAAGUAUUAUAUAAUGCUCUUGUAUGGCUAGAUGCACGUACAGAAGAAACAGUUGAUUUUCUUUUAAAACAAUAUAGUAAAGAUAAAAAUUGUCUUCAAAAACAAUGUGGUUUACCAAUAUCAACGUAUUUUUCUGCAUUGAAAAUCCGGUGGUUAAUAGAUAAUAAUGAAGAUGUUCGAAAUGCAAUAAAACAAAAACGAUGUCUCUUUGGAACAGUUGACAGAACAAUGUUGAUGAACAUUCGAAGUUUACAAUGGGAUGCCGAUCUUUGCCAAUUCUUUAGUAUUCCGGAACAUAUAUUACCAGAAAUUAAGCCAUCAGCAACAAUAUUCGGUUAUAUUAAUAAAGGCAUACUCAAAGGAAUACCUAUUGGCGCCGUUCUUGGUGAUCAACAAGCAGCUCUAGUUGGUCAACAAUGUUGGACAAAGGGAGAAGCAAAGAGCACGUCUAUAUGGUAUAAGAUAAUAAUAAAACACAUUGUAAUUCAAUAUCUAUUUGUAGGAACUGGUUGUUUUAUAUUAUAUAAUACCGGUGAAGAUUUAUCUUAUUCAAGAAAUGGCCUUUUAACAACUGUAGCAUAUAAAUGGAAUGAUGAUAAUGCUGUUUAUGCUCUUGAAGGUUCAAUUGCUAUUGCUGGUGAAUGUAUAAAAUGGUUACGUGACAAUCUUGAAUUAAUUCCAGAUUCAAAAAGCAGUGAAACAAUUGCAGCUUCUGUUGAAGAUACUAGUGGUGUUUAUUUUGUUCCAGCAUUUUCUGGUCUAUUUGCUCCUUAUUGGCGUUCAGAUGCUCGAGGUCUUAUUAUGGGUAUUACUCAAUAUACAACAAAAGCACAUAUUGUUCGUGCUGCUCUUGAAGGUAUUGGUUAUCAAACACGUGAAAUUGUUGAUGCUAUGUAUGAUGAUAGUGGUGUACGUCUUUCAAAACUAAAAGUUGAUGGUGGUAUGGCAAAUAAUAAAUUAUUUCUUCAAAUGCUUGCAAAUAUUGUUGGUAUUAAUGUAACUAUACCUAAUCUAUUUGAAACAACAGCAUUAGGUGUUGCACUUGCUGCUGGCAAAGCAAAAGGUAUUGAUUUAUUUAAAUUAGAACAAGAUAGUGAAAUCGAAACAAAAGCUUAUACAUAUAGCCCACAAAUACAAGGCAAAAAACGUGAAGAAAAUUUUCUUGCUUGGAAAAAAGCUGUUAUGAAAAGUUUUGAAUGUACAACGAUAUCAGAAAAUACCGAACAUAAAUAUCAUCUAUCAUCAACAACUAUUCGAUGGAUAACUUUAACUAGCUUUUGUGGUAUUCUAUUAUAUAUGAUCAUUCAUCAUCAUUAA